CAAUGAGUUUAGUGUUUCCCUAACCCUGGCAACUGGCAUGGUGGAAGCUUUAUAUUACCAGGUUACCCAUUUGUUAUAUGUUUGGCUAACAAACCACUGCUCCUCUUAUCUAUACUGCUUGGUAUAAAAAACUGUCAAUUGAUUUGUGUGAAGUCUUGGAGGUGUUUGUUGUCAGGUCACCAAGGAACUACACCUAAUGCCAUUAAUUGGUCGGUAGUUACAAUCUUACAGAACUUAAUUUGACUAUUGCCUAUGGUGAACUCUUAAUACAAAUUUGAACAAGGGUAUAUUAGAUACUAUGUGAACUAAGAAAAUAAAGCAGUGUUGCAUUAUUUACUUGUGAAUUAGCUAUAUAAUACACUAUUUAAUAAAACAUGAUUAGUUUAAUAACCAAUAAAAAUGAGAUGGAUUCAUGGAUACUAGCUAAUUAAGGAGCAUGGCAUGGAAGAUACAUUACAUAGCUCAUACUCUCAUCAACCAUGUAAUGGCAUGAAAACUUCCAAUUAGGUUCCGCCUACGGUGGGCCACCUGGCUGCUAUUUGUUGAUCUGUUCUUACGUCUUACCAAAAUUCAAUAAUCUAAGGAAGACUCGGUAAGUAAAUGGAUUUGCACCUAAUGUUUAUAACUGAAAGUUCUGCUCUCCUAAUUUCACUCAACGCAUGGUUUUUUACUUUUUUUCUGGUUAAGCCAAAUUUGAAGGAUCAUCUUACGCACCAUCAAACACACAUCCUAGGCUUCCCAUUCACAGCAUCGCAUACUCCAAUCCUGGUAUCCCAAAUCAGAAACAAACGAACAAAACAAAGCAGGACAGCAGCCAAGUUGUUGUAAUCUCACGUCUUUUGAGGAUGUUCUCCUUCCUUUUGUUCUGGGGUAUUUUUUACUUGAUUGUUAUCUUCUUAUCCAUAGAGAUCUCAUCAUCCCCAGGAAGUAAAAGCUUUUCUUUUCUAUCCCUCAUUCAGAGGUUAUGGAUAAGUAGAAAGGUGAGAGAAAAAGAAGAGGAGCAAGAAGACAACACAUGGAAACAUCUUCCAGAUGAGCUCCUGGAACUGAUAAUGGAGUUUUUGUCUGUUGAUGAUUACCUUGCAUUGGGUAAAGUAUGCUCCCCGUGGAGAACUAUUGUUACUAAAGCCCUUGCAAGACGUUGCUUCCUGCCACUAGUUCUCAUGAUAUCUAAGAAGGGAAGAAUUACGGAACAAAGCUUUUUCAACUUAAAAGCAGAACAUGAAGUCCCUAAAAGAUCACAAUUUGACAGUUGUCAUGGUUCAAUUGAAGGGUGGAUGAUUAUGAUGAAUCGUAAUGAAAAUGGUAGUCUAUCCUUCUUUUUCUUCAAUCCAGUGACGAAUUGUAGAAUCUCAGUCAAAUCACAGUUGCAUCUCUCCGACCCUCUAAUCCAAGCUUCUGAACCGUGUAUGGGAAAAAUGGUGGCCUCUUCCAAACCUGAUUGUUAUAAUUCAGUUUUUUAUUUAGCUGGUCUCUUACAUAAGAAGAUUGCAUACUAUAGGCACUUAGACAAGUCAUGGAACAUGAUUAAAAUAAAGAAUGAUUGGGAUUUUGUGGAUAUCGAAAUUUUGGAUUCCAAGUUGUAUGUUAUAUUACUGGUAGUUAAAAAUGGCUUGAGGGUCAUGGUGAUUUAUGAUCUGAAUGAUUUCGAUAAUGGCUCUCGAAUGCCGAAAGUAUUAGCUCUUCCACCAACUGAGAUGACAAGAAGAAUUGAGAACCCACCUUUUUUUUCGGUUUCUGGUGUCAUGCGUCAUCUAGCCAAACAUGAAACACGGCAACAAUUAUUCCUCAUCUACGUCAAAUGGAGUAGAUCUUAUAAACGUAACAUGUUCUCAGAAGAUAGAUACCCGCUUGAGAUUACUGCAGUUGAUGUGUUCAAGUUGGAUAUAAAUAAGGAACCUAUUGAGUGGAUAAAGUGUGAAAGCUUAGAUGAUAAUGUGAUUUUUGUUGGUACUGGGAACAGCAUGGUAAUAUCAAGAGCUUCUCUUAUAACUCAAGAUUCAAUUGGAGAAAAUAGUGUCUAUUUUGCUCUCUCACUUGAGUAUCCUAUGAGUACAUGCACAGAAGUUCGAUUGGGGAUCAAGCACUUGAGUGAUAGCGACAUUAAAUAUUUUUCUGUAGAGGAACCUGUUUAUAGAGUCCUUGUUCCUUGUUGGCUCAGACCAAGUGUGUGACCAUUUACUAUGUUGGCACUAACAUGUGUUAAUUUUUUUUAUGCCAUGCAUGUACAUGAUAGAUCGAUUUUAG